AUGGCUACUGGGGGACUGCUGGGUGCAGAAAACUUCCGCCGAUUCACUCCCGAAUCUUUGGCUGCCAUCAAGAAACGUAUCAUGGCCAAAAGAGACUUGCCACCCACAGAGAAGCUGCGGCCUCAGCUUGAUCUUCAGGCUUGCCAGAAAGUCCCUGCUCUUUAUGGAAACCCUCCUGUGGAACUCAUUGCAGAGCCCUUGGAAGAUCUUGACCCCUACUAUCAUGAUCACAAGACAUUUAUGGUCUUGAAUAAAAGGAAAACAAUCUUUCGAUUUACUGCCACACGGGCUUUGUACAUCUUAAGUCCUUUCCACAGAAUUAGGCGGAUGACAAUUAAAGUUUUAGUUCAUUCAUUGUUUACUUGGUUUAUCAUGCUCACUAUUUUGACUAACUGCGUGUUCAUGGCUCUUUCGGAUUCAUCACAGACGAACAGCAAAGAGAACUCUUCAAGCAAAUACGUUGAGUAUAUAGGGGAGUUUAUUGAACUGGGAAAUGUCUCCGUUCUUCGGAUGUUCCGAGUGUUGAGGGCUUUGAAAACAAUUUCCAUUGUCCCAGGCCUGAAGGUCAUUGUUGGAGCUUUGAUCCAGUCGGUGAAGAAACUCACAGACGUGAUGAUCUUGACUGUUUUCUGCUUGAGCGUCUUCGCCCUCAUUGGCCUCCAACUCUUCAAGGGACAUCUGAAACAGAAAUGUGUCAGGAACUAUACGGAAUUUAUCAAUCAGAGCAUAAGUAACAUUUCUUAUGAGAUUUUCAUCAACUCUAAAGAAAAUUACCAAUUGAAAAAUGGCACUGAAGACUUUUUGCUGUGUCGCAAUGGUUCCGAUGGAGGGUCCUGCCCACCACAAUACGUGUGCCUGAAAGUCGGAGAUAAUCCUGAUUUUGGCUUCACCAGCUUUGAUACUUUUGGAUGGGCUUUCCUCUCCUUGUUUCGCCUCAUGACGCAAGACUACUGGGAACGCCUCUACCAACAGACGCUGAGAGUAUCCGGGAAGAUCUAUAUGCUAUUUUUUGUGCUGGUCAUUUUUCUGGGCUCGUUUUAUCUGGUCAAUCUAAUCCUAGCUGUGGUCACCAUGGCUUAUGAAGAACAGAGCAAGGCCACUAUUGCCGAAACAGAGGCCAAAGAGAGAAAAUUUCGGGAAACCAUGGAAAUGCUAAAAAAAGAACAAGAGGAAUUAAACGCCAAAGAAAAUGACAGCAUGUCUCUUAGCUCCUUUGAAGUGUCUCCAGCAUCCAAGGAAGACAAAGAACGAAGCAACCGAAGGAAGAAACUGUCCUUAGGAAUGGAAGAUUCGGGGCCAGCAUCAAACGACAGCCAUCGGAAAACAAUCUUCAGCUAUGGUUGUGGGCCUUCUUCAAACCCAUCAAAACGGAGGCUAAGUCAUGGGAAUAUCUUCAGUUUCCACCUAUCAGGGAAAGAGACUGGAUCCAAGGCCGAAUUUGGGGAUGAUGAAUCCAACAGUGUUGGGGAGAUGGAGCUCCAACGUGGCUGUACUUUGCCUACACGUAUAGUAAGGCAUCCAAGCACCCAAAGUCAACCCGGCUAUGGAUCACAUCCGGCUACUCCUAACUACAUGCAGUCCAAUAGAUGGAAUGCCGGAGAUGAUUGCAACGGGAUGAUCUCCAUGGUGGGACCUGGUGGAAUGAGGUCUUUGAACACGGACUCUCUUUCAGAAGAAGGCAUGCUGCUUCCUCCUGUGAUGGAAAAUCCUAGAAUGAGCAGCCAAAUGUCUUUGUACGAUGAAGCUAACAAGAUGGUCCAAGCUCAUCGACUGUCAGUUGAUUAUUAUAACCAGCCACUUCAGAGACAACGGGCAGCGAGUGCGGUCAGCAUUAUCACCAGUGUCCUUGAAGAGCUUGAAGAAUCAGAUCGAAAAUGGCCUCGCGUCUUGAACAAGUUAGCCCGCAAGUAUCUUAUCUGGAACUGUUGCCCUCUGUGGCAGAAAAUAAAGAAGAAAGUGGGUGUGGUUGUGAUGGACCCCUUUACCGAUCUCAUCAUCACACUUUGCAUUGUGAUGAACACUCUUUUCAUGGCCUUGGACCACUACAAAAUGACCCCCCAGUUUGAGCAAGCUCUUUCGAGUGGUAACAUGAUUUUCACAGCCAUUUUCACGGCAGAAAUGAUCCUGAAGAUCAUCGCCAUGGACCCUUACCAUUAUUUUCAGCAGCGUUCGAAUGUCUUCGACAGUGUGAUUGUCCUGAUCAGCAUAGUCGAACUGAGCACGUCGAGCGAGACGAAAGAGAACAAGAAAGGAAAAAAGGGCGGGAAAAAGGGCAGCUAUUCUGUCCUGAGAACUUUGAGACUGCUGAGAGUCUUCAAGCUGGCAAAGUCUUGGCCCACCUUAAAUACCCUCAUAAAAAUCAUCUUAAAUUCGGUGGAUGCUCUGGGCAACCUCACCCUGGUCUUAGCCAUUAUCGUCUUUAUUUUUGCUGUCUUUGGGAUGCAACUGUUUGGGAACAAUUAUAAAAACUCCUGCAAGAAGUUAGACCCCGCUUGCAAACUGCGCUGGCACAUGGAGGAUUUUUUUCAUUCUUUCCUCAUUAUCUUCCGGAUCCUGUGUGGGGAAUGGAUUGAGACCAUGUGGCACUGCAUGGUUGUGGCUGAGCGGUCCCUGUGCCUGCUGGUCUUUGUGAUGGUGAUGGUGAUUGGGAAUUUAGUGGUCCUCAAUUUGUUCAUCGCCCUUCUGCUGAAUUCCUUCAGUACCGAUAACCUCAACCAGCUCCCAGAAGAUGACAGGGAGACCAACAACUUGAAGAUUGCCUUUGCUAGGAUCCACAGAGGGCUUCAUGUUGCAAAACAGGCCACGUUGACCAUUUUCUUCCGGGCGCUGGGGUGGAAGGGGAAAGCCGCCACCAAGAAAGUAAAAUGUGACUCAGAGAAAUGUGAGGUAGAACUGAGAAACAAUGGCCAUAAUUUCAAAGAAGGCCACAGCAGCCCCCAAGGGCGUGAGAAGAGCAAUCAGGAUGACUUCAUCUCCAAUCCCAGCGUAUUUAUCUGUGUUCCCAUUGCUCAUGUGGAAACUGAUAGUGAUGCCUCGGAAGAUCUGGGCUCAGUUGUGGGGACGGAGUGCACGAAGCAGAAUGCCGGCUCAACCAGUUGUUCAGAAGGCAGCACUGUGGAUCUGACAGACCCUGAUGAAUUCCUGAAGAACAUCUCUGAGCUAGAUGAUGUUUUCAAGCAGCCAGACAAUUGCUUCCCAGAAAGAUGUGUUCACCAUUAUCCUUGGUGUUCUGUGAAUACUUCUAAGUUUCCAGGGAAAACAUGGUGGAAUUUAAGAAAGACGUGUUACCAAAUUGUGGAACACAACUGGUUUGAAAGCUUCAUUGUGUUCAUGAUUCUGUUAAGUAGUGGAGCGUUGGCAUUUGAAGACAUUUACUUGAGCGAAAGGAGGAAUAUUAAAAUCAUGCUGGAUUAUGCUGACAAAAUCUUCACCUACAUAUUUGUCUUAGAGAUGUUGCUGAAAUGGGUGGCUUACGGAUUCCACAAAUACUUCACCAAUGCCUGGUGCUGGCUGGAUUUCCUGAUUGUAGACAUCUCCCUGAUAACUCUGAUAGCACCUUUGCUUGGAAAAUUGGAGAUGGGCCCCAUGAAAUCUCUCCGUACACUGCGAGCUUUGCGACCGCUAAGAGCCCUGUCUCGAUUUGAAGGGAUGAGGGUGGUGGUCAAUGCCUUACUUGGAGCCAUUCCUUCCAUUAUGAACGUGCUCCUUGUCUGUCUGAUUUUUUGGCUCAUCUUUAGCAUUGUCGGAGUCAGCCUCUUUGCUGGAAAAUUUGGAAAAUGCAUUAACCGGACCGAAACAAAUAGCGUUAUCAACGAAAGUGUCAUUGUUUACAAGUCAGAUUGCGAAAACAGCACGGAACAACUGUAUUGGACCACCGUUAAAGUGAAUUUUGAUAAUGUUGGCCUAGGCUAUUUGGCUCUUCUUCAAGUGGCAACUUUUAAAGGUUGGAUGGAUAUAAUGUAUGCAGCAGUUGAUUCAACAGAAGUUGAGCGUCAGCCAAAAUGGGAGUACAACAAAUAUAUGUACAUCUACUUUGUGAUUUUCAUCAUCUUUGGCUCUUUUUUCACUCUGAAUCUUUUUGUGGGGGUCAUUAUUGACAAUUUUAAUCAACAAAAGAAAAAGUUCGGUGGGCAAGACAUCUUUAUGACAGAAGAACAAAAAAAGUACUAUAAUGCCAUGAAAAAACUGGGAUCAAAGAAACCUCAGAAGCCUAUACCAAGGCCAACGAACAAGUACCAAGGAUUCCUUUUUGAUAUUGUGACUCACCAAGUGUUCGAUAUUGCCAUCAUGACUCUCAUCUGCCUUAACAUGGUUACGAUGAUGGUGGAAGCAGAUGACCAGUCUCAGGAGAAGUUGUAUGUCCUAAACAAGAUUAACAUUCUCUUUAUCACCCUGUUCACAACUGAGUGUGCCAUGAAGCUGGUGGCCCUGAGACAUUACUAUUUUAUCAACGGAUGGAAUAUUUUUGAUCUGGUGGUUGUGAUCAUGUCAAUUGUAGGUAAUGUGCUUUCUGGGAUUGUAGUCUAUUUCUCGCCCACACUUUUCCGGGUGAUCCGUUUAGUACGGAUUGGACGAAUCCUUCGGCUCAUUCGAUCCGCCCGAGGAAUCCGGACCCUCCUUUUCGCCCUGAUGAUGUCUCUCCCUGCUCUGUUCAACAUUGGCCUCCUGCUUUUCCUGGUGAUGUUCAUUUAUGCCAUUUUUGGCAUGGCCAACUUCGCCUACGUCGUCAGGGAAGCUGGAAUUGAUGACAUGUUUAACUUUGAGACUUUCGGGAACAGCAUGCUCUGCCUCUUCCAAAUCACAACUUCUGCUGGCUGGGAUGGGCUCCUCAGCCCCAUUUUGAACACGGGACCGCCAUUUUGUAAUCCGAAGCUCAAUGUUCCUUCAACAUCUUCUAAAGGGGAUUGUGGGAACCCUGCAGUGGGGAUCAUCUUCUUCGUGACUUACAUCAUAAUAUCUUUUCUCAUUGUUGUGAACAUGUACAUCGCUAUCAUUUUGGAGAACUUCAAUGUGGCCACCGAAGAAAGCAGUGAGCCUUUAGGGGACGAUGACUUUGAAAUAUUUUAUGAGGUAUGGGAGAAGUUUGACCCCAAGGCAACCCAAUUUAUUUCAUAUUCUGAGCUCUCUGACUUUGCACACGCUUUAGUGGAUCCCUUGCGCAUCCCCAAGCCAAACAAACUUGAGUUGAUCGCCAUGGAUCUUCCCAUGGUCAGUGAAGACAGAAUCCACUGCUUGGACAUUCUCUUUGCUUUCACCAAAAGAGUUCUGGGGGACUCCGGAGAGAUGGACAUACUCAAGCAACAGAUGGAGGAGAAGUUCAUGCUUGCUAACCCAUCCAGGGCUUCACAUGAACCAAUCACCACCACCCUCCGACGCAAGUAUGAGGAAACUUCAGCUCUGGUCAUUCAGAAGGCCUUUCGAAGUCAUUUGCUUCAACGUUCCAUGAAGCAGGCCUCAUUCUUACACCGUCACAAAAACUGCGAUGGUGACAUCCUGGAAGAAGAUGCUCCAGAAAAGGAAGGUCUCAUUGCCCUUUUGAUGAAUGAAACUUAUAUCCGAAAUCUGGAAGAGUCUCAAACAUCAUCAUUGGAGUCUAUCCCUCCCUCCUACCAGAGCAUUUCAGGAGAGCAGGAUGGUGAAGAUGGAGACCACAAGGCCAUUCGUGGCCUGAAAAUGGCAGAAUCUUCUAUGAGGGAUAAGUUUAGAGAUGGUCAACUCUUUCCUGAUAAAGACAAGAUUUCCAAUGUUUAA